AUAUGUAAGCGAUCACCGGGCCACGUACAUUCUGCUGAAUGUAAACGAUAUACCGGGCACUAGACCAAGUGCAGCACAAUCUGCGGAAACUUUUGACCUUGGAAAUGCGCACCAAGCUGGCCAUCUCGCCGGAGCCUCUACCGAAGAAACGAUCUAUGGCAAGCACGUUGUGCGUAACUUUUACAAUCAUCGUUGCUGCCUACGCCAACAUUAAAGACUGUGAAGUUGACAGCAGACACUCUAUCAUCUACGCAACCGACUUUGCGCGAGCUGUGAAUCACUUUAUGACGGUGUGUAUGAAACACUUCAUGACGCUGGCUGUUCGACCUAACGUGACACAGGUAAAAGAGGUGCUUGAUGCUGGCUGCAUUAUAAUUACCGACUGCAUAAAAAAACUGCAAGUCAAUGACACGCAGAUAAUUAUGGAUUGUGCGAAGCCAUUGUUUAUUCAUUAUUUGAAGCAAAGGCCAGAGCUGGCGGAUUACACAGAGCCCUCGAUGGCGGCGGUGGUGAGUGCUUCUACAUGUACUAGCAAUGCCGGAUAUAGGAAUUAA